UCGGACCUGUACACCUCUCCAGCCAUGCACCUGAGCCAGUCCCUGGUGCUGCUCUGCGUCCUGCUGAGGAGCUUCAGGAGCUGCCAGAGCUUCAGGAACGACGCCACGGAGCUGCUCUCAGGCCUCGUUGUGCCUCCGGAGGUCCGGAGCAACGUGACCCUCAACAGGGCCCGCAACGGGGGCCGAGGAGCGGCCGGAGGAGGGGACGAGAGAGGAGAGCGGGGCCAAAUCGGAUGCAGAGAGCUGAGGUCCACGAAGUACAUCUCCGACGGCCACUGCACCAGCAUCAACCCCAUCAAGGAGCUGGUGUGCGCCGGAGAGUGCCUCCCGGCUCAGAUGCUCCAGAACUGGAUCGGCGGCGCCCACGGCAGGAAGCUGUGGGGUCGGCGGAGCGGCGGCCAGGACUGGCGUUGCGUCAACGACAAGACCCGAACCCAGCGCAUCCAGCUGCAGUGCCAGGACGGCAGCGCCAGGACGUACAAAAUCACCGUGGUCACCUCCUGCAAGUGCAAGAGGUACUCGAGGCAGCACAACGAGUCGGGCAACAAGUUCGGGGAGACGGAUGUGUCGCCGCCGCAGAUCCUGCACAAGCACAAGUCCAAGAGCAAGAGGAGGCCCGGGAAGAACCGGCUGAGCGGGAACUGGCACGACACUGAACCCUGA